GGCGGAGUUUCCCUUCAAUCAGUCAAGCGUAUUUACGUACUAUCAGAUUCGCUCACUUAUCGACUGCAUAAUAAUCUAACGGGAGGAUGUUAUGCUGUACGUAAACCUUUCCACUGCAACAGUCUAACCGAACAAUUAAUAUAUCCUUUAUAAUGAAUUUCUUACAGUUGGUCAAGAGUUUCUUCAGUCUUCAGAAGGCGUAAAUACACGGUGGCAAAAUGCUGCAAGCUUCAGGAAGUAGUAUAUUUGAAUCGAUUCAACGGGGGGAUAUUGAUCGAGUUUCCCAUGUAUUACAGCAGGAUCGAGGUGUUUUGAAACAAAAAGGUUAGUGGUUUUCGCAGGUUGGGGAGGGUUCACAGCCCUUCACUUUGCUGCUCUCCAUGGAAACCGGCCAAUGGCUGAGCUUCUGCUGAACAGCGGUGCUGAUCCAAACAUUCCCUGUGAUGCAGGACAAACCCCUUUUCACUUUGCUUGCAGAAAUGGCAAUAUUUAUAUCAUGCACAAAAUGAUGCAGCACGGUGCAGACUUACACACAGUAGAUGAGCAAGGGAAAACGUCUCUUCAUCAUGCAGUGGGUGGUGGAAGCGUUAUUGCCACGCAGUACCUGUGGGAGACUGGAAUGUUCCGUUUCACAGAUGUCGAUAACUUUAAGGUCACUCCGCUGCACUUAGCAGCUUCCACAGGCAAUUCUGACGUAGUCCGCUAUCUCCUUAGAGCUAAUAGAUGCGCGCCAGAGGCAGUUGACCACCAGGGGGCGACAGCACUUCAUGUGGCUGCAGAGAAAGGCAUGAUUGAGGUGUGCUGGCUACUGUUGAAGAGUGCCGGACUCCACAUUUUACACAUGAAAAACCACACUGGCCUCACACCUCUAGACCUCUGUAAUCAAGGGAAUACAUUUAGACAUAAGCAGCUCUCCAGGAUUUUGAUGCAUUUCAGUCAACGACCAAAAGAUCUGAUUCCUAAGGAAUCAUAUGUGAUGUACUUCUGGAUGCUGCUGUUACCAUCUCUCAGCGGGGCUGCUGUUCUCAUUAUAGCUGCGGCUCUUGGUGAAUAUGGGGCUGUCUUUUCUGCAGUGCUUUUCCCCUGCGUGGCCAAAGUUAUUCUUUCUCAAUAUCACAGACUGAGCAGCUUUCAAAGGUUACCAAACCCUGUUUACCUGGGAACACUGACUGCGGGCCUAAUUCAUUCCAUAGCUUGCUUUCUCUAUAAAAUUUUACCUAGUUUUUGGCCAGCUUAUACCCUCUUAAAUUUUUCACUUGUCCAUUUUUGUGUGCUCGCUGGACUUUUUUGGAAAGUUUUAACCCAGAACCCAGGAAAGCUCAAAGAAGCUGACACUGAUUCCCAGUUUUCCAGCAUAGGAGACUUAAUAGAAGCUGGAAAGAGCCCGGACAGAUUCUGUAUUUACUGUGAGCUGAUCCAAGUGGACAACUGUAAACACUGCCGUUUGUGUGACAUGUGCAUCCAAGACUAUGACCACCACUGCCUCUUCCUCAAUCAAUGUGUGGGACGGGACAACCACCGCAUCUUCAUCCUCUUCAUCAUGUCUAUGUUAAUGGCUCACCUCAUCUUCAUCCUCUGUGCGGUGUACUACCUUUACCUGAAACUCUCGGGCUUGCAGCUGUCUGACUGGGGCUCAGUGGCAGGAAGAGAGGCCUGGGUCCUCCUGCUGACUCUGCUCAACUUCCUCUCUCUGACCUGGGUGGGAUGGUUGCUAGUUGAGCAGCUUCAUGCCAUUUCCAUGGGAACCACCACCUACUUUAGGUGGUACAACCACAAAGGUCCUUCUAAAAGACAACGUUUGGGCACAAUCCUCUCUUUUCUGCUUGAAGGGAAAAGACGACAGGAGCGCAGUCAGACUUUUAACAUAUAGAGACUUUGAAAUAACAAUGCAGCAUCACAGUUUAGUUUCUUAUUUUUGUUUAUAAAGGCUUGAAUAUGUAACUUUUGUCCAGAUGUUGCUCUGAAUUACAGUCUGAAGGAGCUGACACUAGUUGCUGAAAGUCAAAGCCAGUUUGCCAGCAGAUUUUGGACGGUCAAGGUUACAUUUCACAAAAAGAUGCAUAGUGGAUGAUGGGCUUAGAUUCAUAUUUUCUAGCUUCAGCCUACCCAUUCGAAGGAUAUCAAACAUGAUUAAUAUUUUGAGCUGAUUUUAGACCAGAUGUUGUUUUCAUUUCUCAUGCAUCUCCUUGAAAUGAGAUACAUUCUUCUGUUACAGUUUAUGUUCAAAACGACGUGACAGUCGAUGCAAUCCUUAUUUGUUUAGUGUAUAAUGUCCAGUUUUUUUCUGUAACCAUUUACAAUGUCAGCAAGUGUAUAAUGCGUUAAAAACUCUUAAGAGUCUAAAAAUUGCGUAGUAUAUUCCAGCCUUAAUUACAGGGAAUAUUUCCUCAAUUUAAGAUUGUUAAAUUGUGACUCCCAUAGUUUGUAAAAAAAAAACAAAAAACAUUAUAUUACCUAGAUUAUAAAUCUUCGUAAUAGUGCUUUACAUGAACAGAGGUCACUGCUGCCUUGUCUUGCCCUAACUGUAUCUGUAUUGGCAAAUUUUAAUUUAUGUAAUUUUAUAGGAAACAUUUUAAAUAAAUGUCUUUCAGUGUAAAUGUA